CGCGCGGCAACUUUUUAUGCACCUUCGUCCUCUCUCAUUCAUGAAAUUGUCAGUGCUUUUGAUUGUUGAUUGAUUUUGGCGCCUAGGGUUCUUAUUUGCAAUUUCCAACUCGUUUGCAUCUUCUCGCUUGUGGGUUUCCCAUAAAAGAAAUUGUCGUUCAAGGUGAGUGAUUAAGUUCGAGAGGUCUUUGUGCUCGGCGAGAAAUUGGGGGCGGAGCAUUGCUAGUUAAUUGGAAUUUCGUUUACUAGGGUUUGGAGUUCUGAAUUUGGGAUUAUCCGGUAGUUUAUGAAUCAAACUGCUGUAUGAUCCUUAGCCUAUUCAUAUAAAGGACCCACGCAGUUUAAUUUCAAUGGAUAAACUAGAUUCGUCUUCCGACGAAGUUGUGGUGACGCUUGUUGAAAUGGGCUUUGAAAAAUUGGAUGCUAUGGAGGCUGUAAAAGCUGUUGGUAAGUCGUGUGAUGACGCUGUGGAGUAUAUCUUGAAGGGUCAUCAUCACAGAAGUAGUGGAUUCUCUUCGGCUGCUUCACUAUGUUCUACGACGAACAAUAAGACCCUUGGCAAAAGAGCUGUGCCAUCUUCGAAGUUUUCUUCGGGAUCAAUGCGACAAUCGAGUUUGCUUGACCAUUUUAAAUCCGUGGACCGGAACAAGAAAAAAGGCGACAGCUUUGGGACUGCAGAAAUGGAUCCUCAGCUAGAAACGCCGCGAAAGUCUUCUCUUCCAGCGUCUGGUUGUUUUGUUGAUACACAAUUGUUAAAUGGUUGCUCAGAGGCUUCAUCAACUUGGGAGAAAAGGGUUAUUUCUAUACUAAGGACUCGGUUUGGUAUUUCAUCCCUGAAAAGUUUCCAAAAGGAGGCUUUGUCAACGUGGGUUGCUCACAAGGACUGUCUUGUUCUAGCUGCAACGGGAUCUGGGAAAUCGCUUUGCUUCCAGAUUCCUGCGUUAUUGACGGGAAAGAUUGUUGUCGUAAUUUCACCUUUGAUAAGCCUGAUGCAUGAUCAGUGUCUCAAGCUAUCAAUGCACAAAGUCUCUGCUUGUUUUCUAGGCUCAGGCCAACUUGAUAAUCGCAUAGAACAGAAGGCAAUGCAGGGAAUGUAUCAGAUCAUAUAUGUUUGCCCUGAGACAGUGGUUCGAUUGAUUAAACCACUCCAGAAGCUCGCAAAAACUCAUGGGAUUGCUCUUUUUGCUAUUGAUGAAGCGCACUGCGUAUCAAAGUGGGGGCAUGAUUUUCGUCCGCACUACAGGAAACUAUCUGUGUUGCGGGAAAACUUCUGUGCCAGCAAUUUGGAAUUCCUGGAAUAUGAUGUACCGAUAAUGGCAUUGACUGCAACAGCCACGGCUCACGUACAGGAAGAUAUUCUUGAUUCACUUCACCUGUCAAAGGAAACAAAGACUGUGCUUACUUCAUUUUUCAGGCCAAAUUUACAGUUUUCAGUUAAACAUAGUCGAACCAAGUCUGCAUCGUCAUAUGAAAGGGACUUCCAAAACUUGAUUGACUUAUACUCUGGAAAGAGAAAGGCUAUAGGGAAAAAGCUAGCAGUUAUCGCACGAGAGUCAGAGGAGCAGACUGAUUUUGGUUAUCACGAUGCUGAGAACAUCCAUGAGACAGAUAACGAUGAUGAUGAAGAGGAUCCAGAAAACUCUUUGGCAAAUCAAAACAGUUCAAGUGGGAAAGAAAUGUCAGAAGAGUAUCCGGAAGAUGAAACCGACAUCUUCCAGAGUGUUGAUGAUUGGGAUGUUGCUUGUGGGGAGUUCUGUGCAAGGUCUCCUUGUGAAACCCUGGAUAUGCCUCUCCCUCCCGGAAAGCAAAUACCUGACGAAUCUGGACACAACUAUAGUCUCCAGCAGAAGGAUUUUGAAGGACCGACAAUCAUUUACGUUCCUACAAGAAAGGAGAGUGUCAACAUUGCAAAAUAUAUCUGUAGGGUUGGACUGAAGGCUGCAGCUUACAAUGCAUCGUUGCCAAAAAAACAUCUCAGACAAGUCCACCAGGAAUUUCACGACAAUAAGCUGCAGGUUGUUGUUGCCACAAUUGCGUUUGGAAUGGGAAUUGACAAGAAAAAUGUCCGGAAAAUCAUCCAUUAUGGUUGGCCGCAGAGCUUGGAAGCAUAUUACCAAGAAGCUGGUCGAGCUGGAAGAGAUGGGGAAUUGGCUGAGUGCGUGCUCUAUGCUAACCUGUCGAGAGUACCAACGCUUUUGCCAAGCCGUAGGAGCAAAGAACAGACAGAGCAAGCUUACAAGAUGCUAUCUGAUUGCUUCAGAUACGGGAUGAACACUUCACAAUGUCGAGCAAAAAUUCUCGUGGAGUACUUUGGGGAGGAUUUUAGUUCCAAGAAGUGUAACUUAUGCGAUGUUUGUACUAAAGGGCCUCCGGAGCAAGUAAAUGUACGAGAGGAAGCUAAUCUUUUGUUUCAAGUAAUCACUGCUUUUCAUGUAGAGAAUAGCUCUGAACAUGCAUCAUAUGAAGAUUACGGACUCGGCAACAGCACACAGAAGAAAUUAUCCCACAAGCCAAAUCUUCUGUUCUUCAUCAGUAGAAUCAGGGAACAGUCCCAAAAAUUCAUGGAAAUAGAUCGCCUUUGGUGGAAAGGUCUUGCCCGUAUUAUGGAAGCCGAGGGGUACAUCAAAGAGAUCGAUAACAAGUCUCGUCGAGUUGAGAUUGCGUCAAUAGAACCAACAGAAAAAGGGAAGAAGCAACUAGAUUUUCAAGAGGAGAAGCCACUCUAUGUAUACCCUGAAGCCGACAUGCUUGUUUCGUUGAAGCAACGCAGAACAUACAGCGGAUUCUCUGAUUGGGGAAAAGGCUGGGCAAAUCCAGAGAUCAGGCGCCAGCGGUUAGAGACGAUGAAACGCCCCAGAGAAAGGAAACCCCGAAGAGAACGAUCACGACAACGUCCUUUGAAGUUACAAAAGAAAGUUCCAUGGAGAAGCAAAGAAUGAUCUUAUAUCAACCAUCUUCAAUCCCAUCUUGAGGCAGAGACGUCGAGCCAUCGAGAAGCUGAGGCUCGUGAAUGAGGCUUUGGUUACUGCGGAAGAGAACGUGGCGAGGCUUCAAGAGCGCCAUGAUGUGAUUCUCAAAGAAAUAUGUUCUUAUUACCUCGUUAACUCCGAGCUCCAAGAAGUUUUGGUUGCAGCUCGAGCAGCUAUUGAUGAUGCUUCUGGUUUUGUAAUGGAGCUUAGAAGAUUACAGUUGAAUAUUUUAAACUCUCUUUCUUAAUCAAGUUUUAAUGCUUGCGUAAUUGAAUACAUAAUUAAUACGGUUCCGAUGUUAAAGAAGGACAGAUAAAGCUUGUAUUGCGUGGGAGAUAGAUCUGACGGCUGAGAUUACUCGAGUGUUUAUUUUCUCCUUCCUUUGCGGCGCCCACGUGUUGUUAACUAAAUACGUCGACACACACACACACAUGGUGAAGAGCAUCAUCAACAUGGUAUAACAGGAACCGUUGGAUCAAAAGCAACGAGAUACAAUCUGAACGGAUAACAUCACUAAUACUCGGAUUGCCAGCGUGGCCGUAGAUGGUAUAUAGAUACACGUUGUUGCGUCCACAUUUUCCGCAAAUCGGAAACCGCCACAAAACCGAAAAAAGGGAGAAGAAACACACAAAUACUGCUUUUAGAUCCGAAUUUGUGCAUUUCAUCUGUUUCCAAUGGAGUCACCAGCAGCAGCGAAGCCAGCGAGAGGUGCCGGAGGAAGAAGGGGCGGAGAUAGGAAGAAGAGUGUUACCAAGUCGGUCAAGGCUGGUCUCCAGUUUCCUGUGGGUCGUAUCGCUCGUUUCCUGAAGAAGGGUCGGUAUGCGAUUAGGUACGGCUCCGGUGCUCCUGUCUACCUCGCCGCCGUCCUCGAGUACCUCGCUGCUGAGGUUCUGGAGCUCGCCGGAAACGCAGCGAGAGACAACAAGAAAACGAGGAUAAACCCUAGGCAUCUUUGCUUGGCGAUAAGGAACGACGAAGAACUGGGGAAGCUUCUUCACGGAGUCACCAUCGCAAGUGGAGGAGUUCUUCCAAACAUCAACCCGAUUCUUCUUCCCAAGAGAGUUGCUUCUUCGUCUCAGACUGAGAAGGCUUCACCAGCUUCCAAAUCUCCUAAGAAGGCUUAAAAAAAUCUGUGUUGAGAAAUCAAUGUGUUUAGGGUGUUGCUUUGGUUAUAUCGAUCUAGAAGAACAUCUUGUUUUGCGUUUUGUUUUAGGGAUUGUGUAGGUUUCUACGUUCCCCAUUUGGUUGUCUAUGGAAACCAUGGGAAGAUAAUGUUUUAAGUCAUUUUGUUAUGAUCGAACUAAUUUCUGGAUUUGUUAUCAAUUUCAGUAAAAAUCAACUGUCUAAUCAAAUUAAUAAUUCUGGAUUUCUUGCUCUUUGAUCUCAAGAAAAAACACAGAAAAUAUGAAUGUAUGGAUUAGAUUGUUUAAUCACGUAG